AUGGCCGCUUCGACAAUGUCUCUCUCUUCUUCAUCACUGGUUGGAAAGGCAAUCAAGCUUUCCCCGUCCACUCAAGACCUUGGUGUGGGAAGAGUCACAAUGAGGAAAACAGCCACUAAGAAAGUUUCCUCUGGAAGUCCAUGGUAUGGACCAGAUCGUGUCAAAUACUUGGGUCCAUUCUCCGGUGAAGCUCCAUCCUACCUCACUGGUGAGUUUCCCGGAGACUACGGUUGGGACACUGCUGGACUUUCUGCUGAUCCAGAGACAUUUUCCAAAAACCGUGAACUAGAAGUCAUCCACAGCAGGUGGGCUAUGUUAGGAGCCUUAGGAUGUGUCUUCCCCGAGCUCUUGGCUCGCAACGGAGUCAAAUUCGGCGAGGCUGUGUGGUUCAAGGCAGGAUCACAAAUCUUCAGUGAGGGUGGACUUGACUACUUGGGUAACCCGAGCCUUGUCCAUGCACAGAGCAUUCUUGCAAUAUGGGCAACACAAGUUAUCUUAAUGGGAGCUGUUGAAGGUUACCGCAUUGCUGGGGGACCUCUUGGAGAGGUGGUUGACCCAUUGUACCCAGGUGGCAGCUUUGAUCCAUUAGGCCUUGCAGAAGAUCCAGAAGCAUUCGCAGAGUUGAAGGUGAAAGAACUGAAGAAUGGUAGGUUGGCCAUGUUCUCAAUGUUUGGAUUCUUUGUUCAAGCUAUUGUGACAGGAAAAGGACCUAUAGAAAAUCUCGCUGACCACCUUGCAGACCCAGUUAACAAUAACGCUUGGGCCUAUGCCACAAACUUUGCUCCUGGAAAGUGA